UAUAAAAGUUUGCUGAGCGCAGUCCAGAGGGCUGCGCUGCUCGUCCCCUCGGCUGGCGGAAGGGGGUGACGCUGGACGAGGAACGCGCCGCUGGCUCUGGCGGGCUUUCGGCUUGAGGGGCUAGGUGAAGAGCGCACGGGCCCUGGGGUUUACCGAGCUGGAUUUGCAUGUUGCACCAUGCCUUCUUGGAUCGGUGCUGUGGUUCUUUCCCUCUCCGGGCUGCUGCUGUCCCUCCCGGCCAGGGCGGAUGUGAAGGCUCGGAGCUGCGGCGAAGUCCGCCAGGCGUACGGUGCCAAGGGAUUCAGCCUGGCGGACAUCCCUUACCAGGAGAUCGCAGGGGAACACUUAAGAAUCUGUCCUCAGGAAUAUACAUGCUGCACCACAGAAAUGGAAGACAAGUUAAGCCAACAAAGCAAACUCGAGUUCGAAAACCUUGUGGAGGAGACAAGUCAUUUUGUGCGUACCACGUUUGUGUCCAGGCACAAGAAAUUUGAUGAAUUUUUCCGAGAGCUCCUGGAGAAUGCUGAAAAGUCACUCAAUGAUAUGUUUGUACGGACCUAUGGAAUGCUGUACAUGCAGAACUCAGAAGUGUUCCAGGACCUCUUCACGGAGCUUAAAAGGUACUACACGGGGGGCAAUGUGAACCUGGAGGAGAUGCUAAAUGACUUUUGGGCUCGGCUUCUGGAACGGAUGUUUCAGCUGAUAAAUCCACAGUAUCACUUCAGCGAGGACUACUUGGAAUGUGUGAGCAAAUACACUGACCAGCUGAAGCCAUUUGGAGAUGUGCCCCGGAAAUUGAAGAUUCAGGUCACCCGUGCUUUCAUCGCUGCCCGAACAUUUGUCCAAGGACUGACUGUGGGCAGAGAAGUUGCAAAUCGAGUUUCCAAGGUAAUUGCAAAUCCUACCCUGUCCUGUACGCAAGGUAAAAUUAAAAUGAUGUUAUGUUCCCACUGUCAAAGCUUUACCUCAUUAAAAAUAACGUGUUUUAGUUAUUGUGGCUCCAUCAACAGAACUUGCCUGUUGAAUCAGAAGGAAAUUGAACUGAAAAUCAAGAACUUUCUAGAUGCGAUGCUCUUGGUGGCAGAGAGACUGGAAGGACCAUUCAACAUUGAGUCUGUCAUGGACCCUAUAGACGUCAAGAUUUCUGAAGCCAUUAUGAACAUGCAAGAAAACAGCAUGCAGGUGUCUGCAAAGGUCUUUCAGGGAUGUGGCCAGCCCAAGCCCGCUCCAGCCCUCAGAUCGGCCCGCUCAGCUCCAGAAAAUUUUAAUACUCGUUUCAGGCCCUACAAUCCUGAAGAAAGACCGACAACCGCCGCAGGUACUAGCCUGGACCGGCUGGUCGCAGACAUAAAAGAGAAGCUGAAGCUCUCUAAAAAGGUCUGGUCGGCUUUACCCUACACCAUCUGCAAGGAUGAGAGCGUGACAGCGGGCACGUCGAACGAAGAGGAAUGCUGGAACGGGCACAGCAAAGCCAGGGAGACGGUGAUCAAGGAGCUGGCUGAGGAUUAA